CAAAGUGUAGUGUCCGCGAGAGCCCGUAGGAAGCGAAAAGAGAAGAGAAGAAGAACCCGGAGAAAGGAGAGAAUGGGGCGGCAGAGUCCACAACAACAGGAGGAAUAAUAACCAAAACCCGCUGAACUCAGACACGCAGAGAGAAGACAGAAGACGGAGAGGAAACUUUUCGCGUGGGGGAAAACUGUUACAGACUCACGGCACGGCCACGCUUUGAAACAUGGAUACACUUUUCUCUGUAUUCCUGGGGCUCCUGUUGUCGGCGGUUGGUAACGUCUCCGGACAGAUACCGACAGCUCACAUGGGGCGCGCUGAGAAGGGGAGCUGUACGUUUGAUGAGGGCUUCUCUCAGUGUGAUUACCAGCAAGAUCCCUAUGAUGACUUUGACUGGACGCACAUCAACACCCAGGAAGUGCCAUACGUCUCACCAGACCUGCCACAAGGUUCCUACAUGUAUGUGGACGUCUCUCAGUACGAUGUCGGGGAGAAGGCCAGGUUUCAGCUGCCUGUCAUGAAGGAGAAUGACACUCACUGUAUAGACUUCAACUAUCUCCUCACCACCCCUGACGGCUCCAGCCCUGGCACCCUCAACGUCCUGGUGAAGGUAAACAAGGGUCCCUUGGCCAACCCUAUAUGGAACGUGACAUCCUACACUGGUAAAGACUGGCUGAGAGCGGAACUCGCCGUCUCCACCUUUUGGCCUAAUGAAUAUCAGGUCAUAUUCGAAGCAGAGGUUUCGGACAGCAAAGCCGGCUUCAUCGCCAUUGACGACAUUCAGGUGCUCAGCUACCCAUGCGAUAAAUCUCCUCAUUUCCUGCGUCUUGGGGACGUGGAGGUGAACGCCGGACAGAACGCCACGUUUCAGUGCAUCGCUACAGGACGAGACACAUCAAACAAUAAGCUCUGGCUACAGAGGAGAAAUGGAGAAGAUAUUCCCGUGGCUCUGACCAAAAACAUCAACCACAGACGCUUUGCCGCCUCCUUCCACCUCAAAGAGGUCACUAAUCAGGAUCAAGAUCUGUACCGCUGCGUCACCCAGUCAGAGCGCGGCUCAGGGGUGUCCAACUUUGCGGGUCUUAUCGUCAGAGAGCCUCCGCACCCCAUUGCCCCACCCCAACUGCUAGGCGUCGGCCCCACAUAUCUGCUCAUUCAGCUGAAUGCUAACUCCAUAUUUGGUGAUGGACCUAUUAUACUGAAAGAGGUUGAGUACCGCAUGACAUCAGGCAGCUGGACGGAGACUCAUGCCGUGAACUCUCCCAACUACAAGUUGUGGCAUCUUGACCCGGACACAGAGUACGAGAUCCGAGUGUUACUGACCAGACCAGGAGAGGGCGGGACAGGCAAACCUGGACCACCACUCAUUACCCGGACCAAAUGUGCAGAACCUAUGCGGACUCCUAAGAGGCUAAAAAUUGCUGAGACCAGGUCUCGUCUGAUAGCGGUGGAUUGGGAGUCGUUGGGCUACAACAUCACUCGCUGUCACACCUUCAAUGUCACCAUCUGCUACCAUUAUAUGACUGCCAACAACCGCAGCAAAGCUGACUGCUUGGACAUGGACCCUAAAGCACCACGCCAUGUUGUGGCAAACCUGCCACCCUACACCAACGUCAGUCUGAAGAUGAUUCUGACCAAUCCAGAGGGGCGGAAAGAAAGUGACGAGACUAUCAUACAAACUGAUGAAGAUGUUCCAGGCUCAGUUCCCAGUCAGUCACUGAGAGCCACUCCAUUUGAAGACAGAAUUCUUCUUUACUGGAAGGAACCGUCUGAACCCAACGGUGUCAUCAUACAAUAUGAGAUCAGCUACAGUGGGUUGCGUUCAUUCGACCCUUCGGUGCCUCUCCAGCGACCGGGACUCACAGUGUCUUUGCCCUCCAACGCCACCCAUCACCUGUUCUCCCAGCUCCAUCCAGGUGUCACGUAUCAACUCUCUAUACGUGCAUCCACCUCCAAAGGAUUCGGCCCUGCAACGACACUCAAUGUGACCACUAAUAUUUCAGCUCCAACAAUAGAUGAGUAUGAUGGGUCAGAGGCCUUUCUGAAUGAAACUGCAACAACCAUCACUGUCCUGCUCAAACCUGCCCAGGCCAAGGGAGCACCUAUAAGUGCAUACCAGAUUGUAGUUGAGGAAGUAAAUCCUCAGCGGACCCGUCGUCAAGCUUCCUCUGACUGUUACGAGGUCCCAGUUUCCUACCACAGUGCGUCUAGCGGUGGAUCUCCAUAUUAUUAUGCCGCCCAGCUGUCCCCCAGCAACCUGCCAGAGCCACUCCCCUUCACUGUUGGAGACAACAAGACUUAUCAGGGUUUCUGGAAUCCUCCACUGGCCCCCAGAAAGAACUACAACAUCUACCUUCAAGCUGUUAGCAGCACAGAGAGGGAAACCAAGACACAGUGUCUGAGGCUCGCUACUAAAGGUGCUACAGAGGAGCCAGAAGUCAUCCCUGACCCCGCUAAACAGACAGACCGUGUGGUGAAGAUCGCUGGGAUCAGUGCUGGUGUUCUUGUCUUUAUACUGCUGGUGCUGGUAGCCAUCCUAUUGGUCAAGAAGAGGAGGACCUACUAUUCAUACUCUUAUUACCUGAAACUGGCUAAAAAACGUAAAGACGCCAUCGGAACGACACGGCAGGAAAUGACUCACAUGGUGAAUGCCAUGGAUCGCAGCUAUGCCGACCAGAGCACUCUGCACGGAGAGGAUCCCAUGGCUGUGACAUUCAUGGACUCUCACAACUACAACAACAGAUUGCCCAACGAUCCUCUGGUUCCAACUGCUGUGCUAGUUCCAAUCACAGAUGAGAACCACAGUGCCUCUGCAGCGGAGAACAGCAGGCUUCUGGACGUUCCUCGGUAUCACUGUGAAGGAACUGAAUCACCCUAUCAGACAGGGCAGCUCCACCCUGCCAUCAGAGUGGCCGACCUUCUGCAGCACAUCAACCUCAUGAAAACAUCUGACAGCUACGGCUUUAAGGAGGAGUAUGAAUUGGUGAUACAGAGCUUCUUCGAGGGGCAGUCGGCAUCCUGGGACGUGGCCAAGAAGGAGCAGAACCGUACUAAGAACCGCUAUGGGAACAUUAUAGCAUAUGACCAUUCAAGGGUUAUUCUCCAGCCCAUAGAGGACGACCCCUCCUCCGACUACAUCAACGCCAACUACAUCGAUGUAAGUGGAAACGCAUCGAAUGCUACUAUUGGCUCCCAACGAAACCAACGAAACCACACUCCCUCGCUCAUUUGGCUGUACAGGGAUGGCUACCAGAGACCAAGUCACUACAUCGCUACUCAGGGUCCUGUUCAUGAGACCGUGUAUGACUUCUGGAGGAUGGUGUGGCAGGAACAGUCAGCCUGCAUUGUCAUGGUAACCAACCUGGUGGAGGUUGGAAGGGUCAAGUGCUACAAGUAUUGGCCGGAUGACGCAGAGGUGUACGGAGACUUCAAGGUGACAUUUGUGGAGGUUGAACCUCUUGCUGAAUACGUGGUUCGCACAUUUACACUGGAGAGGCGUGGUUUCAACGAGGUGCGGGAAGUCAAGCAGUUUCACUUCACAGGCUGGCCUGAUCACGGAGUUCCAUAUCACGCUACGGGACUACUUUCCUUCAUCCGCAGAGUCAAGAUCUCCAAUCCACCCUCUGCUGGGCCGAUUGUGGUCCACUGCAGUGCCGGAGCAGGGCGCACAGGCUGUUUCAUAGUCAUUGACAUCAUGCUGGACAUGGCUGAGAGAGAAGGAGUGGUCGACAUCUACAACUGUGUGAAAGCUCUUCGCUCUAGGAGGAUCAACAUGGUACAGACUGAGGAGCAGUACAUAUUCAUCCAUGAUGCAAUUCUAGAGGCUUGUCUAUGUGGAGAAACAGCCAUACCAGUCUGCGAGUUCAAAGCUGCUUUUUAUGAGCUGAUCCGCAUUGACUCGCAGACCAACUCGUCACAUCUGAAGGACGAGUUCCAGACGUUAAACUCGGUGACUCCUCAGCCUCAGCCUGAAGACUGCAGCAUUGCAUUGUUGCCUAGGAACCAAGAUAAGAACCGCUUUAUGGACGGCCUUCCUCCUGACAGAUGCCUUCCCUUCCUCAUCACAAUAGACGGAGAAAGCAGCAACUACAUCAACGCUGCUCUGAUGGAUCUCUCAGGGGAGUUCCAGAGCUACAGACAGCCUGCUGCGUUCAUCGUUACCCAGCAUCCUUUGCCUAACACUGUCAAAGACUUCUGGCGUCUGGUUUACGACUAUGGAUGUACCAGCUUGGUGAUGCUGAAUGAAAUUGACCUGGCUCAGGGUUGUCCUCAGUACUGGCCAGAGGAGGGCAUGCUGCGUUACGGUCCGGUCCAGGUGGAAUGUAUGUCCUGCUCAAUGGACUGUGAUGUCAUCAGUAGACUCUUCAGAGUCUGCAACCUCACCAGGCCUCAGGAAGGUUACCUGAUGGUUCGUCAGUUCCAGUACCUGGGGUGGGCGGGACACAGAGAAGUGCCUGCCUCCAAACGCUCCUUCCUCAAACUGAUCCUGCAGGUGGACCAGUGGCAGCGUGAGGGAGAGGAGGGAGAGGGAAGAACCAUUGUGCACUGCCUAAACGGAGGUGGGCGCUGUGGAGUUCUAUGUGCCAGCAGCAUUGUGUGUGAGAUGGCCAAGAGACAGAGUGUGGUAGAUGUCUUCCACGCUGUGAAGACCUUGAGGAACAGCAAACCCAACAUGGUGGAUACUCCGGAACAGUAUCGCUUCUGCUACGACCUGGCACUGGAGUUCAUCGAGUCCUCCUAAACAAAGGAGAGAAGAGGAGGAGGAGGAGGUGAAGAAGAGCAGAACAUCUUUUCACUUCCCGCGUGUUUGAUCCUUCGCUUUCGCUUGGUCCCGACUCCCCUCUGUGGUGGCCGUUCUGUAGCACCCAUUUUGCGUCCCUACAAAUGGCACAAGCGAAACCGGCUCCUUGUACCGUGUUGUAAAGUAUCAUGACAAAGGGAAACAUUCAGACUUUAACCAGAAGGAGAUGCUGGGAGUGCAACAGAGGGGGAGGUGUUACUCCUUUUACUCCUUUACGCUUAUUGUACAGCUUUUUGAGUGCCAGCGGGGCCCCUGUAUGUGCCGGGCCCCGUUUAAAUGUUACGCCUCCUCACACAUGGACUUGAUGCCUCAUGCUGUUUCAGCUGCAGUACUCCAUGUGCACUGUAGAUGUCUCCCUCCCACCUGGCAAGCUGCAGCCACAGCUUCUGAAGAACUGCAAGUCUCAAGUGGCCCCACAUUCCUGCUCUCAUGCUGAUUCCUGAGUUACUUUAUAGCGUUGGGCAUCUCAUCACGGUGAUGUUUGAAUAUCUGCAGCAGACAAACUUCAAGUUACAGCCCGGCCAAACUCUGUGAAUGCUUCUGUUUUUUUACUCAAUGCAUCAGCAGCAUCUCCAUCUUAUGUUUCUGCUCAUUCCAGUCAGAACAUUAUUAUGUAUUUAAGUACUAAACAGGCCACUCUGAACCCGUUUCUCAUUGGUUACACACAAUAGACAUAGAAAACACCCUAACUGUCAGUGUACGUUUGCUAAUUAGAUGAAGUAGAAUCUUAGAAAGGAGACUGACAAUGAGACAAAAGCAGCGAGUUUACACGGGGAGUACUAGGCUUUUAGUUUUUUAUUUUUGAAAUCAUGAAGUGGCAACUUGAAAAAUGUUAAGUGUAGGAUUUUCACUUAGACGUAUACGUUCCAAAAAGUGUGAUAUGUAUCAUUGUUUGUUUUCUACGGCAGUGGUUCCCAACUGGUCCAGAUUUCUCCUUGGUCAGUAGCUUGAGGUCCCACAUUCAGCGUCAGACUUGGCUUUGGCCUGACGUUGGGCUAGUUUGCUGCCUCUGUUGAGUCACUCACUCUACAGCAGGAAACGGCAUUUCAAAAUAAAAGCUCUGUGCUGGAAGUUUACUGUACUUACAAAAUUGACAUGGUCAUGAGACACAUGCGGUCCAUUUAAAAUGGGCCCGCAACUCACCAGCUGGGAACCACUGAUCAGCAGGACAGAAGUUUGAAGUCUUCUUUGUAACCCAAAUCAGAGAAAUUAAAACACUUUAAAAAGUAACUAAACCCCUAAACCACCUUUUUCAGCUGAGACCCAACGUACAUGGGUUUUUUCGUAGUGUUGUUGAUGGAUUCAGGUCCAAAUUAAUUCUGCUAUCGACUGAGCGUGUCCUGGCUGCCUCUCCCAGCCCCCCACUUUGUCACGUUCGGGAGGCAUUUUCAUAAAUUUCAGCCAACACUCUGGGGUUUAGCUGCUCUUUAAGACUUUGUUCACCUGUGUGACAUUAACAUAAUCAUGUUUGUUUCAGGGCUGGGCCCAAUGCACUUUCAAUUCAGCCAACUCACAAAUGGGAUCAUUUAUGUCCAAACUCCAACAGAUUUCGGCGUAUUUACUCGUAGAGAAGACUGACAAUAACCGCUCACAGUUUUCCAUUUCUGGUUUGAAUGGAAUUGGAAGUGACCUGACCCCAGGCCUGGUUCGUCUCGUGCACUGGCGGCCAACACUUUUUAUUAUGAUUUUGUAGCUGAUGUUUCUUCAUAAGCCAAAGACUUUGUGUAAAUAUGUCUAUAUGGAUAAAGCACAUUGUUUGUAUUUAUUGUUUGUUUACUUGCAUUGCUUGUAAGAACAAUCAUUCUUCAUUCCAUGUUUACUCUACCAGCCAGCGCUUCUUAAACUGCGGGUCGGGGGGGCGCAGAAUGGGCUGCGAGUCUGUUUCCUCCGGAGCAUUGAGAGUGUUAGUGUGAUUUAAUGAGCCCAUAAUGGGUCCCGAGGUGAGAGGCGUCGUCUGCUCAAUUUGGGCCCGUGAAGAAGAGUUUAAGAAGCCCUGAUCCACGCUGUAUAUUAAAGCAUUAGAAGUAGUUUUUCAGUAUUUAGGUGGAACUCAGUAGUAUUGUCUUGUUUUCACUUAAUGAAACUCUCUGUGAUGUUACCGUGGUUUCUUUGUGUAAAAGCCCAUCGCUCUGUUUGUGGUCAGUAGAACAUGAGUGCAUUUAUAUGCACAGAGUAUUUUGGAUAAUAGCUCCUAUCCCUCUUAAGGUCUUAGUCGGGAUAAGCUGUUUAUCUUCAUCUUCAUAUCCUGCUCACCAUUAUCCCUGAAUACACACAGACUCAGUGAUGCAAACAGGCUUAGUGAGUGAAACAUGCAGGACUGUGAAAACAACAACAAAAAAAACAUUUAUUGUGCCUAAUCAUUUGAAUUUCCUCGUGGAUACAAGCAUUUUGACAGCAUCUUAGAUCGCUACCAGGGCUUUGUUGAAUGCGUUCUCAUGGACGAUCAGUGUUUUGAACACCUUUUCGGACCAUGACUCAGCGUGUUUUAUUAACCAGAGUGCUUCAUGAAUUCUUUGUGAGGCUUUACCGGACGUGUUUCUGUUGUGCACAAACUGAUUCAGAAAAAAAAUUAUUGUAAAUAUAACGUCAGAGGUUCCACUCGGUUGGGACGAGAGUAGCCCGGCUCUACUGUUAAAGGAUGUUAUUGUAAAUAGGCUCUCAUGAGGAACUCUAAGAGGCUCUACUGUUGGGCGAACAGUAGAGACGAUGGAUGCAAUGUCAGAACAUUUGUUCUGUUGUAGAUAUAAAGUCAGAGAUUGUACUCCUGGAGGACUCAGCUUCAAAUUUUGACAGAUAUUGUUUAAAAAAAAAGCAUUAUAGUGUCCGCUGAAUAUACAGAACUUUAUUCUCCCGGUGGACCAUCGAUUUUCAGUUUAUUUCUGCAGAUUUUUGGUCUGACCCAAAGAAAUAGGAGAAAACCCAGAGGCCAUAACACUACGUUACACAGCCAGUGGGAUGAAACCGAUGGCCAUCUCUAUAGCAUGCAGAGAGAGGAAUGAUUGACGAAUGUUUGAACAGUAGGUCAGUCGUUUUAACAUCACACUUAAAGGGAAAACUAAGGAGCUAAUCCUGUUACGAUGCCCAAAUUCCUCCUUAAUAAAUCUGAAGUGCAGGCCCUGAGGAGUGGUGAGUGAAGCAGGCGUCUGGACGAGAGGCCAGUCUGAGUAUAGAAUUGAUAUUCAUGGUUCAUAAUUAUUCUUGUCUGUAAUGUUUGGCUUCUUUGCUGUAAUAAAGACCACUUCUUUAAUUAAAA